AAUUGGCCGCAAAGGCUCAAUGGCCCAAUACCCAAAUCCUAUGGGCUUAAAUCAAAGUUAUAUUAGGCAAUUUACACCAAUUUUUUUUCAAGCUUUUCAUCAAACAAGUAGCGAACUCUAAAAUGAAACAUGACGGCUAGAAAUAAGGCAGCCAAAAACAACAUUCUUGACGGUUCCGUUCCUCAGCAGCAAGAUUGUUAUGAAGGGGAGCGUCUUGUUCACGUGCUUAAAUCAAUCCAAAGAGGUAAUAGUUGAAGUUAUUGCAAUGAACAGAGGGGUAGAGUCAGCAAGAGCAUUGGCUGGAAACUCCUUGCCUGAAAAACAACAAUUUGCCAUUGGUGUUAAUGAUGUGACUCGUGUACUUGAACGGAUGGCACCCGGUGUUGAGAAUGGAAGCUCUGCUCAAUCUCCUUGUGUUAGGCUUCAGGCUAUUUUGUUAGCUGCUGAUUGCAGUCCAAAGUGGCUAAUAAAGCACCUGCCAACGUUGGCUUUGUCAAGGAAGGUACCAUUGAUGAUUGUUAGAGAUGAUAAAAAGGGGUCCCUAAGAUUGGGUGAGCUUGUAAAGCUAAAAACAGCAAUUGCAAUUGGAGUAAAGGCUCGAGGAAAUGCUAUCAAUCAAAUAAUCCAGGAACUUCUUGAUGGUGAUGAAGUGAAUCAAGGAGCAUUGCUUGAAGUCCAAUGAGAUAUUUGUGGUCAGAAUAGAAACGAACCGAUGAAUUUAGCCAGGAAUUUGUUCUUUAUAUAUGUAUAUAUAUAUAUAAAGAAGGUUGUAAUCUAGGAAUAGAAGAAUGAGUUACAAAUGAUUUGAACUUCAAAUAUGUUAUAUGCUAUCUUUUAAAGAUGAUUGUAUGAAUCAACUGAAUUAAUUUUUGGAUUCAAAAUUUAUUACAUUGUGAAGUUAGAAAAUUUUUGGUUAUUUUUGGCUAUAACCAAUGAGAGUAAGUUUUACGUUUAAAUGUUUGAGGCCAGGCACGAGCCUUAAUGGUAAAUUUUGACCAGUUGGAAAUGAGGACAUCCAUACUACAGUUUA